UGGAUGGGUUGCUGGAACCGAAGUCAGACUGAAGAGGAGAACAUGCACCAUUGCUGCUUGCUUUUGUGUCAUUCAUCGUCAUAUCGAAGCUCUUUCCCUCAACAAAACUGUUGAUUUAGAAAAAACUGAGUUUUGAGGUCGAUAUGCUUUGCGGAGUUUGUGCUUUCAAAACCAGAUGUUGCUGACAGAUCGCGAGCAUGAUUGCGAUAGAUAAUCUUGGUUCUUUUGAAGCAGAACCUCCUCGCAGAAGGUGGGUCCUUCUCCUGCUUCUCCUGGUUCUUAUUUACGGUUCCCACGCUCCCCUCAUCUCACUCACCAAAGUCGACGGUCACGUUCCCUUCAGCCCAUCGUCGUGUGUGGUUCUGAUCGAGUUCGCCAAGCUUCUGAUCUCAUUCGCCUCCCUGUUGGCAUCUGGGAAUCUUUCCGCCCUCAAAGUAUCGGUGUCUGUUGUGACGGUGGCGCCGUACGCUAUUCCUGCUGUGCUCUACGCUUUCAACAACAACCUGGUGGUGUUCAUGCAAGCCUACAUGGAUCCGAGUUCCUUCCAAGUACUCAGUAACCUGAAAAUCGUGUCCACCGCACUCCUCUACACAUCCUGCCUGGGAAAGCGUCUGCGAUGCGGGCAGUGGUUCGCUCUCGGGCUGCUCGUGGCCGCCGGCGUUUGUCACAGCUACUCCGGGUUGGAUUGGGAACCAACUGGGGACGAAUCCACCAGCAGGCUUCACAUCACAUCCUGGGGUUUGCUGUUGGUGCUUGUGUAUUGUUUUAUCUCAGGAUUGGCUGCCGUCUACACAGAGCGGGUGCUGAAAACCCAACGUCUGCCUUUGAGUCUCCAGAAUUUGUUUCUGUACGUCUUCGGCGUGGCGAUCAAUCUUGCGUCGCAUCUCUCCAGCAGCGGCGAUGGGCGGCAGGGCUUUUUGGAGGGUUUCUCCACACUCGUUUGGCUCAUUAUUGCUGGACAGGCCGCUAACGGGCUCCUCAUGUCCGUCAUCAUGAAACAUGGAACGGGAAUCACGCGUCUCUUUGUCAUAUCUUCUGCUAUGCUGGUAAAUGGUGUGUUGUCUUGGGGGCUUCUGGGAAUACAGCUCACGCCUUACUUCCUGUUUCCUGUUGUGCUGAUUGGAUGGGCAGUGUACCUGUAUUACAGGUAGAGCGGACACCACCGACAACAAAAUUAAAGGACUAGUUCACUCCAGAAUUAAAAAUUCCUGACAAUUUACUCACCCCCAUGUCAUGUCUGUCUUUCUUCAGUCGAAAAGAAAUUAAGGUUUUU